GCUAAGCCACUUGCCAAAAUGUGCAAAGGACUUGCAGCUCUGCCCCAGUCAUGCCUGGAAAGGGCCAAGGAGAUUAAGAUCAAGUUGGGAAUUCUUCUCCAGAAGCCGGACUCGGCUGUUGACCUUGUCAUUCCAUAUAAUGAGAAGCCAGAGAAACCAGCCAAGACCCAGAAACCCUCAAUGGAUGAGGCCCUGCAGUGGCGUGAUUCCCUGGACAAGCUCCUGCAGAACAACUAUGGACUUGCAAUUUUCAAAAGUUUCCUGAAGUCUGAAUUCAGUGAGGAAAACCUUGAGUUCUGGAUUGCCUGUGAGGAUUACAAAAAGAUCAAGUCCACUGCCAAGAUGGCUGAGAAGGCAAAGCAAAUUUAUGAAGAAUUUAUUCAAACAGAGGCUCCUAAAGAGGUGAAUAUUGACCACUUCACUAAGGACAUCACAGUGAAGAACCUGGUGGAGCCUUCCCUGAGCAGCUUUGACGUGGCCCAGAAGAGAAUCCACGCCCUGAUGGAAAAGGAUUCGCUGCCUCGCUUUGUGCGCUCUGAGUUUUAUCAGGAGUUAAUCAAGUAGUAAUUUAGUCAUGCUAUGAAGUCAUUCUGAGUUAUUUCCUCCAUAAUAUCACUGCAUUUUCCAGUAACCUACAUAUUUUCCCAUAGCAGCUGUGCACAAAGAAUUGGCUCAAAAGAAAAACUCCCAGGAAGGCUUGCUUACUCUUUUUGCCCACAUUGUUUUGAAUGUUUAUCUGUUGUCCAAAUACCUUCCUUUCCCAGUUUCUUCUUCCUGCCACAUUCAUAAUUAAGCUCUACUCAGUUUGUUGUCAGAACCAACCAGAAUCACAGAAAAAUUCUUCCUUAGGCAAAGAAAUAAAAGACAAGACUGAUAUCAUUGAAUGUGGGUUUAGGUAAUAGAUCACCUAAAUUGUUCUGAAAAUAAAUAUAGAUGUAGAAAGACCAAUUUCAAGGGAGCUUAUUGGUUUAAUUCCAAUCCAGGGAGAUCACCUUCUAUUUCUGAACUUGUUUAGUAAAAGAUGGUAAGAUUUUUAUGAGGCGGCCACUACUUAAUUUUUUAAGCAAAUACAUUAUUUCAAAUAUUGGUCUUUCUCUUAGAGCAUCUUCAUGUUAGCUGGAUAUUAUAGACAUACAAGCAUGAAUACAUUGUAUUUGUACUAAAUCAAUCUGAAUACAAUUCAUAUGAGUUCUGUCCUUAGACCUUUUAGCAACCCCAAUCUUCCCUCACUGUUUUGCUUCCUGCAGUGAUAGGCCACAAUAUUUUUAGUAGGUUUAAACUUUUAAUUCUGUAUUCCAUUAUUAUAAGUAUUGCUAGAUAUUUUUCCUAUCGUUAGUAGGCUUGAUUAAGUAAUUAUUUACAUAAUUUAGUAAUAAAUAGAAUCAAACUAAACCAUGUAUGAGGGAGAUCAAGAGAGGAUAUUGAGUUAAUUCCAAAGAAGGAAGGUGGUUUUUAAAGGAUUAAUAAAAUUCUGAAAUGUUUAAGUAGAAGACUACAUUGUUUAGUAUUGUAUUUCCUUCCUUUGUUUCUCUUUUUCAUUUACACAGUCCGAGUUUCCCAUGUGUGUAGCUCAUUUAUUCAGUUAUUUUCAUUUAUUCAGUUAUUUUCUAAGAAUAUUGAAACUGAAGCAACUAUGUUUUUCUAUUCUUUGGGUAAACACUGACCAUGUUUGUUGGAUUUUCCCUAUUUUUGUGAUUUCAAAGAAUAAUAUGUGCUUCCUGAA